AUGGAAUUCGUUGUAGGUCAAAACACAACCAAUACACAGCCCUCUAUAUGUGGAUGCUGUCCAUCACCAUGCUGUCAAGCAAAAGUAACACCAUGUUCAACAAAUUCUGACUGUGAAUGUUUGAUGAUGGCAAUGACCGGUGGAGGAAUGUGUACGGAUACAGCUAUAUCAUGUAAUGAUUUGAUUCCAUGUGCAAAUGAUAAUAAGACAUGUUCGGCACCAAAUACUGUAUGUGUCAACAACACUCGAUGCACCAUUCCUGUUUGUUAUCCGAUUGAUCGUGCCUCUUCUCAGAGAUGUCCACCGUUGACUCCGGGAAUUUCAAUCAUCAAUACAGGUAAAGUUGUUUUAACUACAAUGCUGAUGAAUAUUAUAGAAUCAAUUUAA